CGUUCAUGUUGGCUUUCCCUCAUCUCAGCAACAACAUUGAACAAGAGGCAAAGCAGAAACUGUGGGCAGAUAACACGGCUCCUUGAGAAGAAGUAAGUCAUGGUCGAGGUCAAAAAAUACCACCUUCGGCCCACGAAGUUGGUGCCCAACAGUCCACAGCCAUUACUUCAUUACCGAGGGAUCCUCAAAGAAGGCGCUAGCCGGACUCCAUCCAAGAUCCACGAAGUGUUUGACCACAACGACUGGAAGACGCAAUGGAUAUUCCGGUAUGGGCCAACUCAAGAGUCGCAUUAUCACUCACGAAUCCAUGAAUGCAUGGCCGUACUGUCUGGCAAGGCGACGAUUCGGUUUGGAGCGGCAGAUCUAUCAGACGACCUACAGAAAAGCACAUACGAAGGAGCAUGCGAGAAAGGCGGAAUCGAGUUGCAAGCAGAAGCCGGAGACGUCUUCUUGAUCCCUGCUGGCGUGGCGCACAAGACGUUCAACACUAGCCCUGGGGCGCCGUUUGCUUUGUUGACGCCGGGUCAUGGCAGGGGCAUCGAGGCCGAUGACAUUAAAUCCGCCCUCGCUCAGAUUACCCUUGAGGGGUUCACCAUGAUUGGCGCCUAUCCCAAGAACUGUGGCAGUUGGGACUUCUCCCUUGGUGGCGAGGAUGUUGGCAGCUUCGAGGAAUCUUGGUCAGUGUCUAAGCCGGAGAAGGAUCCUAUUCUGGGAACUUCAAAGGAAGGCCUGUACGGUCUGUGGAAGAAUGUCGAUCAGUCUGAGACGAGGCGCAAGAGAGGUCCUCAGAUUUAUGCAAAGCUAUGAUUUAUGACUGAUUUAUAUAUAUGCUAUAUCUACCUUACCUCUACGGCUUCGCAGAUGAGCGAUCCAGCCCGCCGUUAAUUGUCAAAUUCAGCAUAUGAAACAUGAAUA